AUGAGCGGGGGAGAGGUGGUCUGCUCGGGCUGGCUCCGGAAAUCCCCCCCGGAGAAGAAGUUGAAGCGCUAUGCAUGGAAGAGAAGAUGGUUCGUGCUGCGGAGCGGCCGUUUAACAGGAGAUCCGGAUGUCUUGGAAUACUAUAAAAAUGACCAUGCCAAAAAACCUAUCCGUAUUAUUGACUUAAACUUAUGCCAGCAAGUAGAUGCUGGAUUGACAUUUAACAAAAAGGAGUUUGAAAAUAGCUACAUUUUUGACAUCAACACUAUAGACCGCAUCUUCUACUUGGUGGCGGACAGUGAAGAGGAGAUGAAUAAGUGGGUUCGAUGUAUCUGUGACAUCUGUGGGUUUAACCCAACAGAGGAAGAUCCUGUGAAACCCCCUGGAGCCUUGCCAGCAUCUGCUGAGUUGCCUUUAGCUAUCAAUACUUCACCCCCAUCUAUGCAGGCAGAGUCAUCCUUAGGCUCUCUACCUCCUCCUUAUCAACUAAUUCAUCUGCCCCCACAUAUGGAGCCUCUUUCUAUACAAGAUGAUCCCCAGGACUACCUGUUGCUAAUCAACUGUCAAAGCAAGAAGCCUGAACCUGCAAGACCCCAUGCUGAGUCUGCGAAAACCACCUCCUCUGAAACAGACUGCAAUGACAACGUCCCGUCUCACAAAAAUCCAGGUUCCUCCCAGGGCAAACACGCAGUGAAUGGCUUUUUCCAGCAGCCAAGCAUGUACGACUCCCCGCCCUCCCGUGCUGCAUCUGUUUCUAUAGACUCCAGCCUUUAUAACCUGCCGAGGAGUUACUCCCAUGACGUUUUGCCGAAAGCAGCUUCUCCAUCGAGCACCGAGGCAGACGGAGAACUCUACGUUUUUAAUACCCCAUCUGGAGCAGCAUCAGUAGAGACUCAAAUGAGGCACGUCUCUCUUAGCUAUGACAUUCCCCCAACACCCGGAGGUACUUACCAGAUUCCACGAACUUUUCCAGACGGAACCUUGGGACAGACGUCCAAGCUAGAGACUAUUCCGGAUAUACCUCCACCCCGGCCUCCGAAACCCCACCCAGCUCACGAUCGAUCCCCUGUGGAAACGUGUACCAUAACCCGCACUGCCUCAGACACUGACAAUAGUUACUGUAUCCCUACAGCGGGGAUGCCGCCAUCACGUAGUAAUACCAUUUCCACUGUGGAUUUGAACAGAUUACGAAAAGAUGCUACUUCUCAAGACUGUUAUGAUAUUCCCCGAACAUUUCCAAGCGAUAGAUCUAGCUCACUUGAAGGCUUCCAUAACCACUUUAAAAACAAAAGCAUGUUGACAGUGGGAAGUGUGUCAAGUGAAGAACUAGAUGAAAACUAUGUCCCAAUGAAUCCCAACUCGCCGUCAAGACAGCAUUCCAGCAGUCUCACUGAGCCAAUCCAGGAAGCAAACUAUGUACCAAUGACACCAGGCACGUUUGAUUUUUCAUCAUUUGGAAUGCAAGUCCCUCCUCCUGCUCACAUGGGCUUCAGGUCAAGUCCAAAGACCCCUCCCAGAAGGCCAGUGCCUGCAGCAGACUGUGAACCUCCACCGGUGGAUAGGAACCUCAAGCCAGACAGAAAAGGUCAAAGUCCUAAAAUUUUAAGACCUAAACCACAUGGUUUAGAGAGAACUGACUCACAAACCAUAGGUGACUUUGCCACAAGAAGAAAGGUAAAGCCAGCGCCACUUGAAAUAAAACCCUUACCUGAAUGGGAAGAACUUCAAGCUCCAGUCCGAUCUCCCAUCACUAGAAGCUUUGCCCGAGACUCCUCCAGGUUUCCUCUGUCUCCCAGACCGGAUUCAGUUCAUAGCACAACUUCAAGCAGUGACUCGCACGACAGUGAAGAGAAUUAUGUACCCAUGAAUCCAAAUCAAUCCAGUGAAGACUCAAAUCUGUUUGGCAGCAGUAGUCUUGACGGAGGAAGCAGUCCUAUGGUAAAGCCUAAAGGAGAUAAGCAAGUGGAAUAUUUAGAUCUAGAUUUAGAUUCUGGAAAGUCCACACCACCUCGUAAGAAGAAGAGCAGUGGCUCCGGUAGCAGUGUGGCAGAUGAAAGAGUAGAUUAUGUCGUAGUUGACCAACAGAAGACUCUGGCACUGAAGAGCACCCGAGAAGCGUGGACUGAUGGGAGACAGAGUACGGAAUCUGAAACACCCACUAAGAGUGUCAAAUGAUAACACUCCUCUGCCUCCCCGAAAUGAAAAGAAACCUAAACUGUUAGGUUAAAGCACGGUAACAUACGGAACCACAUCUGCAGGAAUAUUUGACUGGAGCGUAUCUGAGAGUUCAUCUGCGGGCAGAUCCUUGACGGAGUUGAGUCGGAGACCAGGAACAUUUCGGAUGAAUCCAAGCAAUUUUAAGACCCUACAUGGUGCUUUGUGGUAUCUGUACAAGUCAUAAGAUGUAAAUAACCUGUAAAGAAGUAUUGCUUAGCUCCCAGAGAAGCAUUUGAUCUGCAUUUAACACAUUUGUAGUAUUAUUCUAUUUAAUGCACUUUUUCAGUUUAAGACAUCGGUUCAGAUAUUCCCAGAUCGUGUUACCUUAACGCCAUUGUUUUGGGAGUUUCUUGUUUUCCUCACACUACUCUUCAUAACAAUUCUAGGUUAACUAAGCUACUUGUAGAUAUGGAAAUUGGUGUUUAAACUUCAGUUUUGCAACUUUUAAAUGAAAUCAGCAGAAAUGGAUUCACAGCUGAAUCACCGACCUGAACCUUCAGGUGGUGGCCAUUAGCCGAAUACUGUUUUAUAUGUCGUACAAAGAAUAUUGGGAAGUCGACCAGUUGCCUUCCUAACGCAAAGUACUACAAGUUAAUAAUAAUGAACUGUUGUGUGUUUAGGACCUACCAUUCUGCCUGUUGAACAUUUAGUCCAUAGGGGUGGACUUUGUGUUGCGGUGUGUUAAUGGCAGUGUUCGUUGGGUGAGGAUUCUGCAGGGUGGGAUCUUGCCCUUUUUUAAAGACUGAAUAAUUAAAUAUCAAGGAAGCCUGCAAAGCACUGAUGGCAUGCAGUAGUAUUGUGAUCUCACACUUAUUAACAUGUAGUAACCUUGACAUUAUUUACAGAAGGUAGAAUAUAUAAAUAAUCAGGUACGUACCAAGCACUGUUGUGCUAAUACACUGAUCAGGUUUUGACAGUGAGCCUUAGUUUUGUACAUCUUGGAAAGUCCUGGUAUUGGUUUCCAGUUUGAAAUUAAUGGGACAAUUGACAUUCACUGUUAGUAGUACUAGCAAGAUACUGUGAUUUUUAAUUAGACAGUAAUUCAGAUUUAUUACUGUAUGAAUGGAGAUGCUAUGUUUUGACACCAUAGUGCCCUUUUUAUGAUUUUUACGUUACUUAAUCUCCUUCUUGGCCUUAUAUUUAAAUCCCUAUGCAACUGAUAUUUUAUAUCUACAUUUAAAAAAAAAUAGAUACUGUUAUCUAAGUGAUUUCUGUGUACAACACCUGUUGCUUUUCCUGGUAGGGGAUUUAAAGCUUCUGUACUGUGAUUCUUUCAUUCAGUGCCCCUUAUGCCUCGGUUUAGGAGCAUGGAUUAGAUGUCAGGAAGAGAAUAUAGUUCUUUACUGAAAUUGCGUAUUAAAUCUGUUAUGUAUGGACUAAAGAUGUACUAACAUUUUUUGGAAGAAGAAGACAAGUGCCCACAAUUGGAAGGUGGUUCCCUGUGCCCUGACCUCUGACCUCAACCUGGACUUGCAGGAGUUUCCUGUUUUUUGGUAUGUUGGCCUUAGUAAUGUGCCUAAUCUACCAGAGUGAGGCUUCCCCCAUCUUAACGAGGCGGCAACUUGUUGAAUUCGUAAGAUUUUUGUUCUUUGACUGUUUGCUUCUUUUUAAAACAACUAAACCCAGAAGUGCAUUUUGAGGUGGAUUUUAAAUAAAUCUGAUUGUUCGAGUUUUAUGUUUAAGCUGUUGUCCAAUGAAACCACAACAAAAGCAAAAUAAAAGCUAAAGUCUAAAGACUGAGACUGUA